AUGUCUUCCCAAAUCCUUCCGAGGCUUAGGCUAGUCCACUUUAGCGACGUUUACGAACUCAAAAACCUAUCCAAAUUGCAAACAUUCCUUAGCCAGCUUUCUCCACCGCCGGUCGCGCUUGUGUUGGGUGGAGAUUUUCUGUCGCCGUCGACCCUUUCCGCUCUUGAUGGUGGGAAAGGUAUAUUGACUCUCAUGGUUUUGGGCUCUGCAGGAAUGGUCUCUACAUUACGAGCGUUAGGUGUCACACACGCCACUGUCGGGAAUCAUGAAGCCGACUUGAAGGUUUCCACACUAGAGAAACGGCUUCGAAAGCUAGCCAAAGGAGCCAAACUGAUCAAUAGCAAUAUUAAAGAUGUUCCAGAUGCUCCCUGGUUUAAAGAAGUGUUCCAUCCUUGGAGUGUUUUGCAAACACCGUGCCGUAAGGUUACCGUUGCCAUGGGUGGGUUUCUAUCUGACGAGGAGGGAGUUUUUCGGGAUAAUACUUUCAAAGGUGCACAUAUUGGUGAUGUCACAAAAGCGUUCGACCGCGUGUACCGUGAAAGUGUCCUGAAUGGGCCUGCCGAUGUGUUUCUACCCGUCACGCACCAAACAAUAUAUCGCGACACGUUGUUCGCCAAACACGUCUUGCAGACGCAGCCAGGUCUUACGCUCGUAUUGGGAGGCCACGAACAUUCUCACUACGAUUUGAUUGUAAAAUCAGACAACGAGCUGUUCCCCGAUCGAAGCGCUCGAAUUCUCAAGGGUGAUUCCGAUGCUACCAGUGUGAAUUUGGUUGAUUUGACGUUUGAUAUCGUAAACGAUCAGUUCCAGACCGUCGAGAUCGAUGCCUCUUUAAUUGACAUAACAGCAUAUGAGCCAUCAAAAGUUGUGCAAAGCAUUGUCGAUUCCCACAUGUCUUUAUUGGAUAGUUUGGAUCACGAAACCAUCGUGAACGCGGACAAUUUAUUGCCACCCGGUACACCGUUGAGUUCGGAACGUACCAGAUACAGCCAGACCACCGUUGGAAGUGUACUGUGUCAGGCAAUAAAAGAGGAGCUAGAAGUGGACGUGGCUGUAAUAAAUGGUGCCACCAUUAAAGGAAACAAAAGGUACGAGGGGUCUGUAAUGAGCUAUGCGCAGCUUAAAGAGGAGCUACCUUUUCCUACCAAAAUGGUAGUAGUUCCCAUGAAACGAUGGGAGCUCCAGCAAGCCAUUUACUAUUCUCGCACAAACCCUCCUUCAUCAAACGAUAUCGAAGAGCCGGAACGGAAGGGAUUUUUGCAGGUGGAUGUGGAUUUCGACCGGCUUGGGUCACAUACAGGAGGACAGGAAGACGAACUUCUUGUCGCUCUCCCGCGCAAUCUACUAAAAGGCUUUUGCAAGAUUUUACCGCUCAUGGACAUUGGUGAUCGCCUAGAAAAGGUGGGAAGCUUAGAUUUGGAAAACCACAACUUUGUACCAGCUAUUGAUCUUGUGGUACGACACUUCUGCAAGGAACAAUGGUACGAGCUGGUACACGACAAUACCUUUGAGAGCUUGGAUAGAGGAGACAAAGGAUUCUUGUCACGAGAAGAUGUGAAAACUAUGAUGCACAAAGCCUUGGGUCAUGAACCUGCGGCCUUUCUGGUAGACGAUAUGAUAUCGUCUAUCGACGCAGACAACAACGGUGUGAUUGAUCCCGGCGAGUUCAGUCACCUGCUGGCACAGAUGGAACGGGAUCAUGGUAUGAUAAAGUUUGACUAGCGCAGACAGUUUUGAUUGAUU